AUGUUUCGGUGUGGACUGUGUGUCUCAGCAGGGUGGGCAGUGAGAGUGAAUCAUUGUGUUCAGGAGUUCAUCACCAAACAUCCAAGAGAUUUUAACUGGAUUGGACUGAGUGACUCAGAAACAGAGGGCACUUGGCUCUGGGUGGAUGGAAGCCCCCUGCAGAGAGGGUUCUGGAGGAACGGACAGCCGGACGACCAUUUCUGGUUUGACAGUCGCACGCAGUACCAGGACGCAGACUGUGUGGUGACUGUGCCCGGUGAGAGUGCAUGGAUGGACACGCACUGCUACUCGUACCGCAGGUUCAUCUGCGAGACUGACGCUCUGCUGCUUUAAAACACCACUUCCUUUGAUGCCAAGUGGGAAAUCUGGGAAAUUUUGUUCAAGAACAUAUUUAAUCAUUUUCCUCAUUUUCCAAAGAUGCUGAAAAUAUCAAAACGUUAUGGCCAGACCAGAACUGUACCUAUGUUUGAGAGGUGAGGCCUUAAAGGGAACAAAACAGAGACUGGCAUAGAGACACAGAAUACAUUUCCAUGUUGUGAAAUAGUGUAGUGUGAAAUACUGUGAUAUAGAUUUGUGCUUCCCAAAUGCAUGCACAUGUUUGCAUUGAGACACUCUAAUCCAGACAAUCUUACACAGAUUGCAUUUUUACACACAAUCCAUUUAUACAACUGGCUAAUUUGA